GUGAAUUUAUGGAUACUUCAAGCCUGUCCUCAGAUUCUGAGUUAGAAACGUGGAAUACGCUUAAUACAUCGGAUCAUUCGACAGAGUUUACUGCAAGAGAAUCCCAGUGUCAAGAUGAUACUGAAAGUGUUGACAGCGACAUUCAUGAAGAUAAGAAAGUUGAUAUCUUCUUCAAUGAAUUAUGCAGUGAUGACGAUAAAGAAUCUGAUUCUGAAGCUACUGACUACGAAGAUGAAUAUUAUGAUGCUCUAGAUUAUCUGGAAGACGUGCAGGAAAGAAUAGCUAUCUACCCUGGUUGUCACAUAACAGAAGAAGAAAGUGAGGUUUUGGUUAUGACUUAUGCAUCACGACACCAUAUAUCGGACGCAGCAUUAGAUGACUUCGUACGAAUAAUCGAUUGUCAUUUACCGUAAACACUAUAUGCUUCCAAGUACUCUUUAAUCAGAAAGUACGAUAAAACACCAAUAAAUAUGCACUUUUAUUGUCCGAACUGUAA